AUGAAUGACACUGUAGUUGAUUCAGUCUGGUGGCAACUUAACGACCUGUAUCAUCCAGUUACUACAGAACAUCUUGUUGACUUUGUUGAGAUCCUCGAAACAACUAUUGGAGCGUCACAUGGGUUCCUAAGCUCCGAUCCUACAAUUAUUUCCCGAAUCAGCCGACAUAGUGGAGUUGAUGGCUUACUGGUUGUACUCGACAAAGGUGAAAUGGUUCGGAUCAUGUGUGACGAUAUCCUACGGGAAAUAAAGAUAGUGGAUCCAUCCAAUAGCAUUGUAUAUGGAUCCUUUGAAAACGAUAAUACUGACGUGUAUGUUGAUACGGAAGGCGACAUCAUGGCGAAAUCAAUUGUUCUAUAUGAAAAUACAGAUCAUACAGAUCAUAAAGAUCCACAUAUUGAUGAACAUAGUACUGAUCGGAAUAGUGAUGGUCAUCAUGCUGAUCUCGACAGCGUCAUUUCCAAAGGUCUAAGUCCUGGAUUCGAUUCGGUUCCAGCAUCUCCAUCGUCUGUUUGGUCCAGUGUGUCUAUACUGGAAUCAAUAGGGAAGACACCAUCUGGUGUACUUCCAGAAAUGAUGAAAGACUUGAAACUACAUCAUGAGAAAAACAUGGCCCAAUAUAAAGACCUUGAACAUGAAUUGGAUAAACUUACAGAUCAAAACGUUCAUGAUUGGUAUCGUUUGAGACAACUCCAUAGCAAUAACGAUUCAUUGAUGUAUCGAAUCAAUAACAUUCGACAAGAGCUUGUUCAAAUAGGAAGCCAAUUACAGAACGUCGACCGACAGACAGUAACUACCAAACCUACAAGCAUAACAAAAGGAGCAUUAAUGAUUCUCUUAGUGUGUAUUGUUCUUCAUUGGAUCGAUAAAACAUAG